UUCAGUCUUUGUAUCAGCUUCAGAUCGUCAAAUACAGACGUCUACACCAUCAAGGUCACAAUCGGAGGCGUUUUUAAAAUCGGCACCAUGAUUCCUAAAACACAGACGCUGCUUUUCACGCUGGUUUUCCUCUGCAGGCCGCGGGAAGCGCUCCUUUCUCUGAGCGGACGUUGUUCCAAGAAUGAAAUUUGUGCUUUCAAAUCUGUCAUGGACUUUAAAGGCGCCGAAGAUCUCUGUAAAAAAUAUAGUGGAGAGUUAUAUAAGCUCAGCUCAAAAGACAAAACUGGUAGUUUAACAGCUCUCUUAAGCGGGUCCAGCGGUCGAUACUGGCUCCAGAGCACCGACGGGAAAGGUCCGAACUGCGCCGCCGUCUCCGUGAUGGAGGGACAGAACGUCACAGUGGUGUCGGUGCCGUGCCAAGACAGAAAGCUGGACGGAGUCUUCUGCAAGAUGCAAGAGGUUUGCGCUCCUUUGGGGGCUCCAAAAAGCUCACCCGUGACGUACACCUUUAUGGAGUUUAAGUUCGACGACUCGGAGGUUUUUCCAGCGGGAACCAUCGCUGUAGCGCAAAAGGUUGGCGGUAACUAUCCGGACUCGAAGCAUCUGUGUUUCACCCAGUGGAUUAAAGCUCCAUGGUCGUGCGAGGUGAUGGAUGGAGGUUGUCAGAGCAAAUGCAAUCGUAUUUCAGGCAAUUGCGUCUGCCCCCCUGGGGAACAUCUCCAUCACAACAACAUCAGCUGCACCGCAGGACCGCGCGCAGAGAGCGGGCGAGAAUGCCAGCAGGUGGGUGAGACCUUCACGUGCACAUGCCCCAAAGGCUACAGGCUGGACCGGGACGGGAAGAGCUGUGUGGACGUGGAUGAAUGCAAGGAGGAGGGCAGGUGCGCAACUGGGGGUCAGGUGUGUGUGAACACGCCCGGAGACUAUGAGUGCAGGUGCAAAGAACGCGGCUUUGUUUUGGAGGAGGGAGUGUGUGUAAAUGUAGUAAUCUGUCAAUCCUGCGAGCACGAUUGUGAGAAAAUCAACGGUGAAUACCAGUGUGUGUGCAGGAACGGCUUCAUGGUGUCGCCCUCAGACCCCACCAAGUGCAGUCAGAACUGCACCGAGAGGGACUGCAGAUGCAUCUCAAAAGACGGAAGCAGCUGCGAAUGCCCCCAUGGCUACGUUAAAGACACCGUGGACGGCAAAGACUUUUGCACCGACAUAAACGAAUGCGAGGCUCAAGUGAUGUGUGAGCACAUAUGUGAAAAUUUAUUCGGUGGUUUCAGGUGUUCGUGCCGCGAAGGCUUCCAGCUGCAGGACAAAGACAAGUGCGUGGAGGAGGAAGAAGAUGGUGAUGAAUCGGGCUCACCUCCUCCAGGGAUCGCACAACCCAGCACGCCAGCCGGCGCUUACCCGGCUUUACUGCCCUCCUACAUCAAAACCGGCAGCGUCCUGGGAAUCACCGUGUUCAUUGUGCUGGCUGCAGGGCUGCUGGUUUUCCUGCUCCGGAACGCCUUUAAACGUUGCGGCAAAUUUGAGCUCUCCUCGCUCAAACGACCAGAUAUAGAUAUCUUCUACCUGCAGCAGGUGACCACAGACACCUACAAGAGGCUGUCCUUCGAGAAACAGUUUAAAAGUGACUCCCAGAAACUUGAAUUGAACCUGUGAAGUUCUUUAAUUUCAAGUCAAAUGCACUGAGAGGUUUCAUCCACACCUUUCUUACUGCAUAGAUGGAACACUGUAAAGCAGGGAUCCUCAAAUCCA